CAAACACUGAGUAUUUCAUCGAGAGUUUGUGAGGUAAUCAGACGUGAAGCAGCGCAAUCUGGCCUAUACAUGUACUAAAAGUAUCUCCACUGAUACUCACUCUGGUCAAGCUCUAGAGGUCCAGGAGAGAGGGCAGCUGGUCCCCUGCUGAACUCUAAGGAUGCUCCACCACCUCUUGAGCCUCUCCGUCUUUGCCUUGGAGGCUGUCUGUCAUUUCUCCGGGCCCUUCAGCCUGAAUGGCACAUGGGAGAUCUGGAAGGCUGAGCACAGCAAAGUCUACCCCAACCAGAAUGAGGAAGUCUAUAGGAAGUUAAUUUGGGAGAAAACAGUUCAACAAGUGAUGAGACACAACCUGGAAGCCUCCCAAGGCCUGUAUUCCUUCAUGUUAGGACUGAACCACUUUGCUGAUAUGACUACAGAUGAAGUCAAUGAAAUGCUGAGCUGUUUGAAGUCAGAGGAUCCCUCCGCCCAUCACAACGUAACUUUCACUCCAGUAAUGGAGGAGCCUCUUCCAGAGAAAGUGAACUGGGUUGAGAAGGGUCUGGUCAGCGAGGUGCAGAAUCAGGGCCCCUGUGGUUCAUGCUGGGCGUUCAGUUCAGCAGGUGCUCUGGAGGCCCAGAUGAAGCGUCGGACAGGCACACUAACUCCACUUAGCCAACAGAACCUUGUAGACUGCAGCAUCGCCUUUGGCAACCACGGCUGCAGGGGGGGCUACCUGAGCAAGUCCUUCAUAUACGUCAUCCACAACAAGGGCAUCGACUCUGCAAAUUAUUACCCCUAUGAGAGGAGGGUGAGCUCGAGAGAACAGGGACAUGAUUAUAGAGAGGGAAAAUGUCGCUACUCUGUCAGAGGCAGGGCGGGGUACUGUAUAGAUUUCCGGAUUCUUCCAUCAAGGAGUGAGAAGGCCCUGCAGCACACAGUUGCCAAUAUUGGCCCAGUGUCCGUAGGGAUCAAUGCUAUGCUACCAUCCCUCCAUCACUAUAGAGGAGGUAUAUACAGUGAUCCACAAUGCAACCCAAAGCUGACCAAUCAUGCUGUUCUGGUUGUGGGCUAUGGCACUGAAAAUGGACAAGACUACUGGCUCGUUAAGAACAGCUGGGGACCAGCCUGGGGUGAAAAUGGAUAUGUACGCAUGGCCCGCAACAGAAACCAGUGUGGCAUCUCCAACUUUGCCAUUUUCCCAACAGUCUAAUAGUUCACUUUGGCCCUCUGAGACUUCCUUGUGUAUAAACUCCAUUAUAUUUUAUGAAACAUUUUCGGUUGUUUUUAAUCUAUACAUCUAUCAUUGAUUAAUUUAUUUGUGUUUUUAAUUCUACACUCAACUCUCAUUAAACCAU